UGCCGUCUCGCCUAUACGGAAUUUGGUGUGUGUGUGUUGGGUGAAUGGAGGCGCAGCUCUUCCUGGUGGUGAACAAACACUGACAACUACAGGGCAGCCGAGCUAGCUACCACUCGCACGGCCACACACACCUACCGUACCCUCUCCUUGAGCCCCAAAACAACGUGAAAAAUAUGGCCACUGACAGCAAACACGUCGCGCAGGUGAAGUCUGAACUGUACUUCCUAAUAGCCCGCUUUUUAGAAGCUGGACCGUGUCAGGACGCGGCGGAGACCCUCAUACGGGAGGUUCAGGCGAAGGAGCUGUUACCCAAAAGGAUAGACUGGACUGGAAAGGAGCACCCUGGGAGUUACGAAAAUUUGGUGAAGCUGUAUAAGCACAUUUCUCCAGAUCACCUGUUGCAAGUGUGUGAGCGCGUGGGUCCUCUUUUAGAGAGGGAAGUUCCAGCCAGCGUACCUGGAGUUAACUCUUUACUGGGAGUGGGACGCCAGUCUCUUCUUCGCACUAACAAAAGUUGUAAGCACGUGGUAUGGAAGGGGUCCGCCCUCGCAGCCCUGCACUGUGGCAGGCCACCCGAGCCGCCAGUCAUCUAUGGAAGCCCGCCCAAUAUUGUGGAGACAGCUUACAGUCGGAGGCUGAAUGGUUCAUAUCGUUUGGGUCAGCUACUCCCUACAGCCGUUUACUCCCACAUGAAGAUGCACAAAAGGAUUCUGGGACACUUGUCUUCUGUGUACUGUGUGGCCUUCGACCGGACUGGCCGCCGUAUCUUCACGGGUUCAGAUGACUGUCUGGUGAAGAUCUGGGCCACGGAUGACGGGCGUCUGCUGGCGACCCUGCGGGGUCACGCGGCGGAAAUCUCAGACAUGGCGGUGAAUUAUGAGAACACCCUGCUGGCGGCUGGUAGCUGUGAUAAGAUGAUCAGGGUUUGGUGCCUACAGACGUGUGCUCCUCUCGCUGUGCUGGAGGGACACGCAGCAUCUAUAACAUCUCUACAGUUUUCUCCUCUGUGCAGUGGUUAUAAAAGGUUCCUGUCCUCCACUGGUGCAGACGGGACCAUCUGCUUCUGGCAGUGGGAUGCUCGGACACUCAAAUUCGGAACCAGACCCAGCAAAUUCACAGAGCGUCCCAGGCCUGGUGUGCAGAUGAUCUGUUCAUCUUUCAGUGCAGGUGGGAUGUUUCUGGCAACAGGCAGCACCGAUCACAUUAUCAGAGUUUAUUACUUUGGCGGCGAGCAGCCAGAGAAGAUAGCUGAGUUGGAGUCGCACACUGAUAAAGUUGACAGCAUCCAGUUUUCACACGGAGGAGACAGGUUUGUGAGUGGCAGUAGAGAUGGGACAGCGCGAGUGUGGCAGCUACAGCAGCAGGACUGGAGAAGCAUUCUGCUGGACAUGGCCACCAAACUACCAGGGAAGUACAACCCUCCACCUCUGGAGGACAAAGUGACUAAACUGAAAGUUACCAUGGUGGCCUGGGAUCGGAACGACAACACAGUCAUCACUGCAGCCAACAAUCUGACCCUGAAAGUGUGGAACUCCUACACGGGCAACCUCAUUCACAUCCUCAUGGGCCACGAGGACGAGGUGUUUGUACUGGAGCCACAUCCAUUUGAUCCCAGAGUGUUGUUCUCUGCUGGGCACGACGGCAACGCUAUUGUGUGGGAUCUGGCACGAGGAGCGAAAAUACGCUCCUACUUCAACAUGAUUGAGGGUCAGGGGCAUGGUGCGUUGUUUGACUGUAAGUGUUCUCCAGAUGGUCAGCAUUUUGCCUGCACAGACUCUCAUGGACACCUGCUCAUCUUUGGCUUUGGCUCCAGCAGCCGAUAUGACAAGAUAGCGGAUCAGAUGUUCUUCCACACAGAUUACCGGCCGCUGAUCCGAGAUGCCCAUAACUACGUGUUGGAUGAGCAGACGCAGCAGGCUCCUCACCUCAUGCCCCCUCCGUUCCUGGUGGAUGUGGACGGGAACCCUCACCCUCCUCGCUUCCAGCGGCUAGUGCCCGGCCGAGAGAACUGCAGAGAGGAGCAGCUCAUACCACAGAUGGGUCUGACUUCAUCAGGACUGAAUCAGGUGCUGAGUCAGCAGGCUGCAGAAGGUGCCAGUCCCCUGGAUAGCAUGAUCCAGAGACUACAGCAGGAGCAGGACCAGAGACUGGGCUCAGAUUCUCGAGCCACUCGAGGAUCUGUAAGCUCUCCUACAGAAGUCUCCUCACCUCCUAAUGUUGGUCUGAGGCGGAGUGGCCAGAUUGAGGGGGUCCGUCAGAUGCACAGUAACGCUCCUCGCAGUGAGAUGGCCACAGAGACGGACCUGGUGGCCUGGAGCAGACGGGUACUGGUUCCUGAGCUCUCACUGGGAACAGCCAGUAAACAGGAGAUCUGGAGGGCGGCCAGAGGAGACGAGGAGAUGAACAUCUACAGAUCAGAGCGGAGGAGACGCAGCGUACACAGCCAGUACCACAGAGAAAACCGGCAGCACGCAGUGGAGAACGUAGCAGUGGAGGAGGGGCGGCGUCACCAGGGCAACCAACACAACUACCACACGCGACUGGCUGUAGAGGAGACAAGCAGACAAAGUGAACCCAACGAGGAGGAGCCUAGUGCUUCAGAGGGAGAAGCAGAGGUACGGCCACCCAGCAGAGAGUCAUCAGACGAGGAGAGAGAAGAUAAAGAACCCUGGCCUGAUGACCACAGCAGUUCCAGCGAAUACUCAAGCGAUUACUCAGACUGGACGGCGGACGCAGGCAUUAAUCUAGAACCACCCAAGAAGAACGUUGUGAAAAAGAAAAAGAAGAAUGCCAGCAGCUCUGAGGAGGAUGGAGACAAGAAAAAAGACAAAGAUGCCAAGAAAGAGAGGAGAAAAGACAAGCAAGACAAAGACGGAGCAUUACCAAAGAAGAAGAAGCCAAAGGAGAAGAGGAAGCGGUUACCAGAGUUCCAGGAGCAGGGUCUAACUCUAGAGGAGUGGCUGCCCUCAGCCUGGAUCACUGAUACUGUGCCACGGAGAUGCCCCUUCACCCCUCAGAUGGGCGACGAGGUGUAUUACUUUCGGCAGGGCCAUGAGGCGUACGUGGAGAUGGCCAAAAAGGACAAGAUCUUCAGCAUCAACCCUAAGAAGCAGCCCUGGCACAAGAUGGAGCUGCGGGAGCAGGAACUGUUGAAGAUCGUAGGCAUUAAAUACGAGGUGGGUUUGCCUACUCUGUGCUGUCUGAAGCUGGCCUUUCUGGACCCAGACACUGGCAAACUGACCGGAGGCUCUUUCUCCAUGAAAUAUCAUGACAUGCCGGACGUUAUUGACUUCCUUGUCCUCCGUCAGCAGUUUGACAACGCAAGACAGCGUCAGUGGAUGAUCGGUGAUCGGUUCCGCUCUGUGAUCGAUGAUGCCUGGUGGUUUGGUACGAUAGAGAGUCAGGAGCCGUACCAGACGGAGUAUCCCGACAGCCUCUUCCAGUGCUACAACGUCUGCUGGGAUAAUGGAGACACAGAAAAGAUGAGCCCCUGGGAUAUGGAGGAGAUCCCCAAUGAAGGUGUCACAAACACAUCUGUGUUUCCUGACGAGCUGGGGCUGAGUGUACCGCUGACGGAGGAGGAGCAGAAGGCUUUGUUGUAUCGUUCUCUGGAAGGAGAGUGGGGUUCACGAACACGUGAUCAAGAGUGUGACCGCAUCAUCAACGGCAUCGACCAGCUGUCCACGCUAGAUGUUGCAAAGCCAUUUGCUUUACCGGUGGAUCUGCAGGCAUAUCCAACGUACUGCACCGUGGUGGCUUACGUCACAGACCUCAGCACCAUACGGAGCAGACUGGAAAACCGCUUUUAUAGGCGAAUGUCCUCUCUGAUGUGGGAGGUCCGCUACAUUGAGCAUAACGCACAGACCUUUAACGAGCCUGGAGCUUUUAUCGUCAAAACUGCCAAAUUCGUGUCUGACCUGCUGCUGCAGUUUAUUAAGGACCAAAGUUGCACUGAUAUUAUUCCACUGUAUAACAGUAUGAAAAAGACGGCUUUCUCAGACUCAAGUGAUGAUGAAGAGGAAGACGAGGAGCCUGAAACUCCUGGUACAUCUAAACGCAAUAGCAAGGGGAAGCAGCAGCCUAUCCUAAGAAAUCUGAGGAAUAAGCCUGCAUCUGGAGACCCGCAGGCCUGGAGGGGGCGCUGCAGAGAGCUACUGGAGCUCAUUUUCCAGUGUGAGGACUCUGAGCCUUUCCGACAACCUGUGGAUCUUGAAGAAUACACGGAUUACCUGGACAUUGUUGACACUCCUAUGGACUUUGGGACGGUCUUAAACACGCUGCUAGCAGGACAGUACCAGUCUCCUAUGGACUUGUGCAAAGACGUGCGGCUCAUCUUCAGUAAUUCUAAAGCUUACACACCCAGCAAGAAGUCCAGGAUCUACAGUAUGAGUCUUCGGCUGUCUGCCCUGUUUGAAGAGCACGUCAGCUCAAUCUUAACUGAUUUCAAAGCGGCUCAGAGUUUACAAAAGGAGCGACUGACCAGACAGCGGCACACAGAACGACCGACCAGACAGACAAUGAAGAGGAGGAGAAGAAGCUCCUCCCCAUCCAGCUCCGCCUCCAGUCCUGAGAGAAAGAGGCGUGUCUCUUCUCGUGCUCCUCCUCGAUCCGACACUGCAGCUCCUCCCACCCCGGCUGGCCCCUCCCGCCCUCACUUCUUAAGACAGACGCUUCCACACAUCAAUGGAAAGGUGGAGCCCACUGCUGCUGCUGGACGCACACGAAGCUCUGCCCGUUCUGGAACUCACUCUACAGACCCGCCUCCCCCACAGACAGCUCCACCCCCUGCCCCCGCCUCGAGUAAAGGAACUGAACCCUCCUCCAAAAACCUCCGCGCUCACAAUUCUCACUCCACUCCCAGCAUCUCCCGGGAAACUGAGGGCUCUGCCGUUGCCCACAGUAACGAAAGUGGUGGCAGAGAGUCGAGGCGGAAACUUCGUACUCCUGUUAAGCACACACCAGGUCCAGUGGAUCAUCCUCCUUCCCCACCGAACAGUGUUCAUCUGAACGGCCACAGCAGCCAAGUGACUUUGGGCGUGAUGAAAAGGGGGCGGGGCAGACCCAGACUAGAGCCCCAAGCAAGGACACCAGAGGUGGCUGAGCCACCCCAAUCGCCCCCCUCUCAGGGGAAGAAGCGUGGCAGGAAGAGUAAAAAAGAGCUGGAGGAGGCUUCACAGAACAGCUCCGCCCACGAGGAUGAGCUCAGCCAAUCAACAGGUGACGAGGGUAAGGGUUCAUCCUCCGCGCAGGACGCUAGCCUAUCAGACUCGGGGGCGGGGCUUACCGAGCAACCAAGGAAGCGGGGCAGACCACGAAUAGUCAGGACACCAGAGCAAGCUUCGCCCCCUCCACCUGUUCAAACCCCUUCAGAGCCUAAAAGCUUGAGGAGAAGCAGUAGGCGUGGCAAUGAACAUACGACGCCUCCCGCCCCUGAUCCAGCUCUGAGGGAGGCGGAGCCAGAACUGGACGGGGAGGAGUCUGGAGGCGAUGGGAACUCCAAGGGGCAAAUGAGAACGCGCAACCAGGGCCGUAGGACAGCAUUCUACAAUGAAGAAGACUCUGAGGAAGAGCAGAGACAGCUUCUGUUCGAGGAUGCUUCCAUCACUUUUGGAACAUCCAGCAAAGGCAGAGUUCGCAAACUCACAGAAAAGGCCAAAGCCAACCUUAUUGGCUGGUAACUGUGCCAACCUGCUGGUCCUUUGUGACUUCAUACCACACUGGAAACAUAUAGCACUUUGGAGCAUCCUCUUGAUUCAGAAUGUGUGCAUUAUUUCCACAUAAAAUAAAUAUAUCACGUCAACACAGCUACUGCCAAAUGGAAUUAACUGAAAGGCGACAGUUAUGUUGUGAGAUAAUGUGCAUUAUGUCCAAAAGUUUGUAGACCUCACAUCCAGUGUUGAGAAGUCUUCUGAAAUUAAAUUCCUUAAUUAUUAUUUGGGAUUUUGUCCACAUUUUGCUGCAGUAACAGUCUUCAUCCUUCCAGGAUGAAGGCUGUAGACUAGGUGUUGGAACAUGGCUGUGAGCAUUUGAUUGCAUUCAGAUUCAAAGACCACAGUUCCACUGCUUAACCGUGCCCAAUGCUGUGGGGCUUUAUAGCUUUGUUUGGCAUUAAACAUGGUAACUUCAUAUUUAAUUGCUCCAAAUCAUCCCAUUUUAGUGCAUACAGGCAAUUAUGUUAUAUAGAGAGUUUGCUAUAGAUAUACCUGUUCUAUUUUUGUGGACAGUAUACUGUAUUGUUCCAGAAAUAACUGUGAUUAAAUUGUAUUUUUGUCAUUUUAAGACCAGCUGAGAACUCCACUGAAAUUAUGGUAAUAUAAUAUCACAGCAAUGAAAAUACACAUUUUUAAUUGACAACUAAUUUUUAAUUAAUUAUAAUUAGGAGCUAUGAGUGUGAAGGCAUUAUUAUCAGUGAAUUGCAAGGAAACACAAUGGAAAAUAUAUAAAAAACAAGGUCAGAAAUAUGAUUAUAUUGUACACAUGAAAUCAAAACAAAUAAUAUGUAUUUUAUAGCACUUUUUACAGUUGGGAGGAACCAAGGCUCACAAGGUGGGGUGGGCAUCCUCUACUGGCCAAACCUACUUAAAAAUUGUUGAUUGUAAUAUCAGUAUACAGCAACAUAGGACUAAUAUAUUUAGGUAUACUGAUGCACAGUCACAAUUUAGUAUUUUUUUUGUAUUUACUGUAGAACUAAUAAUACUUUUGGACAUACAGGGAACAUUACAUGAACACAACAGUUGCCAAAACUAAAUAAACUGAAAUAUGAUGCUUAUGUUGAUGUGAUAUUUUUUUAUGUGCAACCACUGAGCACUUUUGAAUCUAGUCGGUUCCAAAGACUAAUAUUUCCAGUGCGUAUCUGUGCCCCACUGCUGUCCCACGACGUUUUGGGGGGGCAAUACACCAUUCCUGCUGCUACUUGACUGUCUUGAGUAAAUCUGAAUCUUUGAUUCUGACUCUGACUUGAUUCUGACUCUGAAUCUUUUGACUCUCCUGAGCGACUCAGUACCAUAGGGCUUCAGUCCUCAGAAACGGUCGCUCGGCCCCCAAAGGCCACACCCCCUUCACCCCCACUCCUCCCUACACACUUCCUUUCCCUUUGCGUUAAAAUGCACACGCAGUUAAACAUGCAUUCUACCAAUGUUUUCACGUACAUGUGCACUGAUUGAAAGCCGAGGUACUUCAGUCUUCGGUCUGAUGAACAUUGCAGUUUCGUCUCUUGCAUCACACCUGCAUCACCAUGUUUUUACAGCAGUAGUAGUUGCUAAUGGCAACGAGGCAAACCUUCAUUCUUCGUUUUUUAGCAGAGUGUUCUCCAAGGGUGAGUGUGAGUGUGAAUGUGGGUGCGUGCGUGUGUGUAUAUGUGUGUAUGUGGAGUUUCAGAGUAGGAUAUUUUGGUGGUUAUGCAAUGAUGGACCUUUUAAACUGUUACGAUUGUCUUUAAAACUUCUCUCUGAGUCAAAGGAAGACAUAACGACUGGUUUUAGCAUGUUUUUAUAUGAUUAGCAAUACCUUGUGCCUUUUGAUCAUUUAAAUACAACGUUCUUUCUUUGUACUCCACACUGUGUAGUAUUGUGUGCGUCUGUGAAUGGAUUGGAUGCUUGAUUGUUAUUGAUUUAUCAAGAACAAAUAGUUUUAUUGAACAGGUGAAAUAGGCUAAUGAGCACUAUGUCUUUGUAUUACCACUGAGUGUGUGUGUGUGUGUGUGCGUGUGUAUAUGUAAGUGUAUUUGGGGGGUACAGUGGUGACCUCAUGCUGUUACUGGUGUGUAAGGCAUGUAAUUGAAGUGACAUUAGGCAUAGACACACUUUUAUGCCCUGAAUUCCCAGUGAGGCACUUGCAAAGAGAUUAACCUGCGACACACACACAUAUACACACAAACACACACACACACACGUGCACUCACAUUCACACAUUUACCCAUUCAUUCAUGAGCGCUCUAUUCAUCAUCACAGCACUUCUGUACAGUACCUUGGGGGGGCUCAUUUAGCAUUUAAGAGGACAGCUCCACUAAGCAGGGGUUGACGGGAGUAGGUAUUUUUCCAAUGCAUUAUGGGAUGCAAGACGUUUCGGUCCUUUUCUCUUUUCCUAGAAGCGCACAUUCCUUUCAUGCUAGCAAAAACGCUCAGUCGGAAACACUGUGUGGUUGUCUUAGCGUAUUGAAGGAGGUCGGGAGUGUUUCUUUCUGAUGCAUUCGCCGGUCAAGGUCAUCUGGCAGAAGGGAGAGAAAGAUUCAGUCUCUGUGGUUUUGCCUGUGCCUUGGAACACUGUGUGUUUGUGUAUAUAUAUAUAAAUAUAUAUGUAUGUGUGUGAGUGAGAGAGAGAGAAUGAUAGAGAGAGAGAGAUAUUGGAAAGAUAUAUGGUGUAAAAGAGAGAAAGAGAGAGAGACAGAUAUAGAUUUACAGUAAAACAGUUUAAUCCUGGUACUUCAGUUGCUUGAUGAACGAUUCUGCAAUCUGGAGUCAUUUUAAAGGAAUCAGUCUCCAUGAGGUCUUUUCUUCUUGAUUCAGUCGAUGCUUUACAUAUAUGUUCUUGGUUUCAUCAGAAACAGCUUAAUUUUAUUGCCAGAAAGAUUUUUAUUAUUUUAUUGUUUUUAUAGGUCCUGCUCACAGUCAGCAGUUGUGGUCUAGUCAGGUCGUACUCUGAAGAAAGUGAUUCACUGAAUGAACUUGAGGAUGUGCAGAUUAAUCCCACAGUAAUUAAUAAUAGUAUCACAGUUACUGGCGAAGUUAGUAAUCUAAGAGAUUUAAUUGUGAUGGUAUGUUGUAUUCAUGUAGAAAUAUGAAUGGGCUUUAUAUUGAACAAUUAUGACACACCAAUCAGCCAUAACAUUAAAAUCACUGAGAUUAAGUGGGUAUUAUAGAUUAUGUGCACCCAAUUGCACCUGUUAAAGGGGUGGGCUGUACAUAUUAGGCAACAUGAGCAAGUGAGCAAUCAGUUCUUUAAAUUGGGUUAAAGCAGGAAACAUUGCCAAGCAGAAACUUGGGUCAGAACAUCUACAAAACAUCAGACAGGUCUUGAGGAUUGUUCCAGUGUGCAAACCUACUACAGUGUCUAGGGAACUCAAGGUUCAAUUAAUUGAAGGUUAACCCAUCUGGUCUGUUCUCUCAGAAGAGCUACUGUAGCACAAAAUACUACAUCUGUUCCUCAGUAGGACUGAGCGAUUUUUUUUAACACAAAUAUUAUAUUUAUUUUUAUUAUUUUUUAGGAGAUGCAAAAUAAGAAAAACAACAGAAACUCUAUAGUAUAGGAUUUUUUUUUAUAGCCAAUCAUCCUGUCUGCACUUUUCCAACAUUUCCCCACUAAAUCCUGUGAAUCAUUGGUCCAUUUUUAAUAAUUGUAAAUGAGAUGAUAUUCAUUCAGUGCACAGUAGCUUGAACAUUACAGUAUAACUCAUACUGUAUUCUCCUUAAGACUCUUUAAAGCAGCAUUUUUUGAGAAUUUGUAUUUCUUGCUUAGGGGCUCCCCCUAUAAUUGGCAAGUGUAAUUUGCGUUUUGCACUUUGGUCAGGUUUAAUGAUCUCAGUUUAAAGAUCCAGUAAUUUAGAUAUUUGUUACCUGUUUAGACAGUAAACAGUCAAAAGUGCCCAAUAAAUUACAGAACUACCGAAGGGGAUCCACACAAUAACAGGCUAUUUUUAAUAUUGUGUUAAUGUUAUGGCUAAUUGGGGUAUCUAAAUGAAUGCAACAACAGUAUUAAUGUAAAAUGACAAGUAACACAUAAUACUAUAGAAAUUAUACAUAUAAUGAGUAGUUUCAAUAUUCAAUGCAGAUUCAAGAUUCAGAAAUUCAAGAUUCAGUGUAGAAUAUUCACAUUUGUGUCAGUUUUAUAGGGUUAAUACCUUUUAGAAAGAACUUUAUAAAAUAAUAUCAGGAUGAAUUUCUAAUGAUGUGGAUGGGGAUUAUACGCACAAUACACUCUAGUAAAUUCAGUGCAUCACAGUUUUUUAGUGUGUUUUGGUGGUAUACUGAUUUAGCCCAUAGCUUUAAAACAAACCUGAUUCGGUGAAUCAGAGCCCUGUGUUUGUGUGUAUACGUGUGUGUUUGUGUGUAUGAGUCUGUGCGGAUGGGCAUUUGUAACGUAUGGCUGUGUGCUGUUUGUGGAUCUCUGCAUGCAUGUGGUUUAUACUGUGUGUGAAUGUAUCGGAGUGUGUGUGUUUGUGUACAUGUCAUUAAGAUGGGUUUAUAUUCACAGCUUAUUCUGUUUGGCCAUGUGACCCCUUACCCAGUCCCCCAUACUGCUACCUGCACAGGAAGUGCCAUCCCGCGGACACUGAGGCUGCAUGUGCACCUGGCCCUCUGUCCCAGACGUCCCGAGGGACAUAACAAGUUUAGGGGUUUGGGUUCGACCCCCUCACUGGUCCUAUGUGCCUGGGCCGAGGGGGCUUUCUAUGUUAGUUUGUAUACUUUUAUAUAAAGACAUAAGGGUAAAUGCAAAAAAAAAAGAAAACGUUAAGAUAGAAUGUACGUGUAGGGAGUACUGUUGUCAUUAGUUAGUUCAUACUGAUAUUUUAUUGAAAUAAACGGUUGUGUUUCCACA